AUGCGGAGAGCGUUAACUCUCACUCAGUGAAAAUUACAACACACUUCAGAAACAAGCCAAACAAUUUGCUUACUUUAGUUUGUGCGAGUGUUUGAUAGGGUGUGAACGAGUGUUUAAAUAUGCACUAGAAAGCCAUGUUAUUGUAGAGGCGCUCGGUGUGCAGGAGAAGAUUCACAGCUCUUAAGAACAAGUAGCCAUUACCAGUUUUUCAAUGGCUGAAAACAACUUUCCACCUCUGCCUGGUUUUAUUCCUCUGAAGCCAUGCUUCUACCAGGAUUUUGAGGAGAUUCCUGACCAGCACCGCACCAUGUGCAAAAGACUCUACUACCUGUGGAUCUUGUACGGUGUGACGCUGCUGGUGAAUUUCUUUGGCUGUAUGGCAUGGAUGUUUGGAGGUGGAGGAGUGACUAACUUUGGCAUGUCAAUCAUAUGGCUUAUUCUCUUUACCCCGUGCUCUUAUGUGUGCUGGUUCAGAUCCAUUUACAAUGCAUUCAAGACUGACAGCUCAUUCUACUUCAUGGCGUUCUUCUUUGUCUUCAUGGCACAACUUUUUAUUGCUAUAAUUCAGGCGAUUGGUAUACCAGGAUGGGGUGUUUGUGGCUGGUUGGGCACCAUCUCCUUCUUUGGCACGAGUAUCUUUGCCUCCAUCAUUAUGCUAAUCCCCACCAUCAUGUUCACUGCAGUCGCUGCCAUUUCGUUUGUCGCGCUCACUAAGGUUCAUAACUUCUACCGCGGCAGUGGUGGCAGCAUGAGUAAAGCACAGGAGGAGUGGGUGUCCGGCGCCUGGAAGAACCCUCACGUUCAGCAGGCCGCGCAGCAGGUGGCUCUAGAUGCAGCUACUGGAGCAAUGCAAGGCCCACAGACACAACAGUACUCCACACCCAGCUAUGACAACACCAUGUAAAACACAUCCAAACCAUCAGUCAUCAACAGAUACAGGCAGAGUCGGAAAACUGAUGUUGGCUUUAGCUGAUAGUGAAGUGAUGUAGAUGAAAUUCCAGGUGAAAUAAACCGAGUGCUGUUUUUUUAUUUGUUUGUUUUUGUGUGUUUUGGUUUUUAUUUAUGUUUGUGUCUAUUUUAACCCAUUUGGUCCCAGGUAAUUAAAAUGUGGACAAAUAUUCCAAACUUUUUGCUAACAUUCCCAUUACAUUAUGAAGACAUAAUUCUGAACAUAAACAUCCUAAACAUCCAGUUGGUUUUUUAACCAUUUGAAUUUUAUUUUUUUUAUUUUUUUUUGAACAUUUAAUUUAAAACAUUUCCAAACAUUGUGAACGUUACUUUUGAUUGUUCUCUGAACAUUUUCAAACAAGAGGUACAAUUUAAAAAAACAAUGGAUAAAUGUCAAACUAAAAUGUUUCAGAAAUAAUGAAUGUUUAAGUGAAAAAUGCAUAAAUCACAUUUCUUAUGUUUUGAGAACAUUAUUCAACAUCAGAAAACUUUGAAUGAACAUUCUGUUAAUGUUAAAGGGUCUGUUAAUGAAAAUCCUGUCAUUAAUUACUCACCCUCAUGUGGUUCCAAAGCCGUAAGACCUUUGUUCAU